AUUGUAUAAAAUCCCACCACCUUGACUACUACUACUACCACUGCCACUACCACCACAACCAACUAGGCUUUUGAAAAUGGCUGAGCAACCAAAAGGCCGGGCAGUUGGUGCCAUGGAGAACAGCUGGUGCCGGGCGGUCCCCGGCGGCACGGGCAUAACGGUGCUAGGUUUUGACAUAUCCAAAGCCCCGGAUAUGGUCAAAUACCAAACCGCCCUUCACAAACUCCAAAAUGCCCACCCAAUCCUCAACUCUAGGCUCCAUACCAAUACCAAAGCAAACACAUUCUCCUUUGUCACAUCCCCUACUCCUUUUGUCCAAAUCAAAACAUUGGACCUCUCAUCAACUUUGGAAAUCCUUGAAACCCUCUCAAACCCUAGCAACAGUUCAGUCUCUCCCUUCCAUCUGAUCCUUGAGCAUGAGCUCAACCAAAACACUUGGACUAAGACUACUUCGUCGUCAUCGUCGUCGCCGCCAAAUGAUCAUGACAUGUUCUUUGGAACCAUCUACACCCUACCGGACGCCAAGUGGGUGGCAGUGAUGAGGUUCCACGUGGCAGCAUGCGACCACACUACAGCUGAGACAAUGCUGAGAGAGUUGCUAGGGUUCUUGAUGAGUGCUGAUGAUGGUGAUGAUGGUGGAGAGGGGAAAGGGAUAGUGAAGGAAACUGGGAAUAAAGGGGAGGCCAAUUUUGGAAUUGAGGAUCUUGUUCCUGCUAGGGUUGCUAAGAAACCCUUUUGGAGUCGUGGGGGUGACAUGAUUAGUUACUCUCUGAAUACCGUCAGGCUGUCAAGUUUGAAAUUCAAAGACUACAAAUCAGUUAGAUCGUCCCAGGUGGUGAGGUUUCAGAUGAAUCAAGAUGAAACGAAGAGGAUUCUCACUGGAUGCAAGGCCAGAGAGAUUAAACUAUGUGGAGCAUUGGUGGCUGCUGGAUUGAUUGCAGCAGAUAAAUGCUCGAAACCUAAUCAAAAGAAGAAGUAUGGAGUGCUGACACUCAUUGAUUGCCGCUCGGAUCUUGAUCCAGCUCUUUCAAUUCACCACUUUGGGAAUUACCACUCUGUCAUCCCCCUCGUCCACACCAUAAAAGGAGGAGAAAAUCUAUGGGAGCUGGCCAAGAAAACCUACACGGCCUUUGCAAACUCCAAAAAGAACGACAAACACUUCACGGAUUUGGCUACCCUGAGCUUUGUGAUGUGCAAGGCCAUCGAUAACCCGGCCUUAACCCCAUCAUCUUCACUGAGAACAUCAUUUAUGACAGUGUUUGAAGACACGAUCAUUGACGAUUACAAUGACAUACAGCGAGAGCUGGGAGUAGAUGACUACAUCGGCUGCUCUUCGGUGCAUGGCAUCGGCCCUUCCAUUGCGGUUUUCGACACAAUAAGGAAUGGAAGGUUGGACUGUGUUUGUGUGUAUCCAACACCGUUGCACUCGAGAGAGCAAAUGCUGGAGCUGGUUGAUAACAUGAAGAAAAUUCUUGUGGAUUGUGACAGCAAGAUAUAAGCUUAAGAGUGUGUGGCCAGGUAGUAAUAUUAUUAUUGGUUAUUGAAGGGUUUUACGUGUGUGCUGAAAAAAUUGAGUACUAAACCAUCUACUUAAACUGAAGUUAAUUUGUAUGUUUUCAGUUUAUGAUGCAGCACUUGUUCUAUAUAUGCUGGCAUAAUUAUAUAUGAUUCGAGUUUGUGAUCUUUAUCUAUAAAAUUCAUUGAACUGAU